ACCUUUUAUUUGUGUUAUGAAUCUUCUUUCUUUUCCAUAUAUAUAGGCACUACCUUGUCUUAACAAGAUAGAAAAAAAAGUGGCAACUACUUAAAGGUUUGAGAUGAGGAAGAAGUGUGAGCUGUGUAACUGUGCUGCAAACUUGUUCUGUGAUUCAGAUCAAGCAAGCCUUUGUUGGGAAUGUGAUGCAAAGGUUCACAGUGCAAACUUUCUGGUCACAAAGCAUCCAAGGAUUCUUCUAUGCCAUGUUUGUCAAUCACUAACACCUUGGCAUGGUUCAGGUCCCAAGUUUGUUCCCACCAUGUCACUUUGCACUGAUUGUGUCACCAAAAACAAUGAUACCUGCAACCACCAGAAUGAUGAUGAUGUAGAAAAUGAUGGUGUUGAUGGUGGUGAGGAUGAAGAUGAAGAUGAAGAUGAAGAUGAAGAAGAAGAAGAAGAAAAUCAAGUGGUUCCAUGGACAUCAUCAACAUCAAUGCCUCCACCACCAGUUUCCUCUUCUUCAAAUAGUGCAACCACUACUUCCACCAGGUUCUCUAAUGGUGCUGAAGAAGAAGCAAUCUCCAUCUGACUAAUAAAAUUCAUGCCUUUUUCUACUCCUUCAUGUUCAUGUUCAAGUAGAGGCUCUCUGCUGUUAAGUAGUAGUAUUGUUGUUAUUAUAACUCAUAAUAUAUGCUUUGAUUUUUGUUCC